GCGUCCUCUUCACCGUCGAGCGGAACGACGACGGCUGCCUAUUUUGAGGAGCUGGCUGCUCAAGUCCCACGAGUCUCCUCGGUUGAUUCCUCACUCUAAGCUUGUUUUCUGGAGAGGCACGGGAUCAUUGGUCAGCGUCUUCUGCAGCACAGAAACAAUGUCGACCGGGUCCUAUCGUCUGCAGACCGCCCGCGCGCGGCCCACACCCCCGCCUCUGCGAUUCAAUAACACAUCAUCCAAGGCCAUCGUCGCCGCCAACGAUAACAGCGAACCACUCCUUUACGACCUUCCUUCGGCCAAGUCUCCGCCCCCAACCAGCGGCACCUUUGCGUCCAAUGUAUCAAAUGCUACCUCCCCGACGUCACCCACCUAUACGGGCCGUCCACGAGGCGGUAGGGGUCGCAGGAUGACCCCUCCGCCUUCUCAUGCGCGAUCUACUACGCCAUCUCGUGGCGUAGCUCGCAGCGAUGUCGAAGAAUUUGGUGAAUACUGUAGAAGAUGGUAUUACAAUCAGGACGAGGAGGCCGGCAGGCUCAUGACCCAGAUCCUAUCUACUCUUCCCCACUCACAGCGAGCCCCUUUUGCGAAACUACAAGCAUCUAUCCGCUCGAAAUAUCAUGCACAUAUGAGCGCCAGACGUGCAGCUGAAUUCCAGGCGCAUCUUAGCGCUACCCAUCCAGGAGGGUCCUUGAUGCCCCAUUCGCGCGCGAAUCCAUCUGGACCUCUGGCUAGGAAAGAGCGAUACGAACGAUUCGACAGGUUUGUGAAGACAUGGUGUACUGUGGGCAUGCCCGGCACCAAGCCCUUCUUUGAGGGACUCUGGGCUGUCAUGAGAUUGCAAGUUCUACCAGAGGACCUUGGUGGGGCAGGUCCAUUCAGAAUAGAGUGGGAACUAGAUGAUGCUGUCUUCAAGGAAGCCGCUGGCAAGGACUUCAUGCUUGAGGCUAUUGACGUCCUCAAAGGGGUCUUGGCUUUCGAAGAAGUACCCUCUUCUCGACGUUCGAACAGUUGGAAUUCGUUUUCUCCGCUGUCACGUUCACAUUCACGCUCCCAAUCACAACCUCUCCCUUCGUCGGCUCCCACGGAUACCCAACGACUCCCUGUGCCUAGUGUAGGGCAUGUGAAACGUCCAAGAGCACCCAGCGAUCCAUUUUUAGAUACCCCAGCCUUAUCGCGCUCACUAGCGUCAUCUGCAUCUAACUCGUCGUGCGGUACUUCCGGCGCUCUCUUAGCCGCGGCGCCCGAGCAGGAUCCACCAAGCCCUGCCUCGGUUCCGGCAGACACUGAGGACGUGCCGGUGCCGUCAUAUGGUGAUUACGCGCUGAACGAAGACGACGAGGAGGAAUAUCUACGGACGUGGACGUCUCCAGACCUGCCGAACCCGGAAUAUCUAUCCCUAUUGAAGGUCUUCCCUUCAUUUAUCACCAGGAGAACUCUUCCCCGCUUUCCUGUGACUACCGGGAAGGGCAGACCUCUGGAUUUGGAAGAAGGUGAAGAUGAGCCCAGGAGAGAGGUACGGUGUGGCACUGGGAUCAUGUGGGUUAGUUCCAAAGAACGGUGCGACGGUUGGAAAGGCAGCUGGUGGGAUAGGUUCGUGCUCUGGUGGCGGAAAAUAUUCUGCUAGCUGCUCUGAAGCGUCGACGGACCAUGGCAUGUUUUCUCAGGCACGGCGUCUUGGACUGUCCGUUAUUUAACUUAUCUUUGGUAUUGCGCCCACAACCCGGGUCAGUACUAGUACCACAUACUCUAGGACCUGGCUUCCGUCUCUCUGGUGCUGUUAGCGAUAUCAUCUAUGCGGUGCAUGCACUGUGUGCUCGCGGUCCGUUAUCUUUUGUAUCGGACACUCGACUGGCUUUGGAC